AUGCAUACGAGACAUAGCGGACUCUCUUCACCGCUUGCAUUUGAUCCGGAAAUCGAACGAACAGCUCGCUCAAAUCGAGUCGCCAAAAGGAACAUCAACACUAUGAGUGUAGAUAAUGUUGUUAUGGAAGAUGUGGUCGAGGGGCGUGAGGAUGCAGCCAACAAUCCUCCACCACUAGUUCCACCACAAGCUCCUCAAUUCCCAAACAACAACAAUGGGAAUAAUGGGAAUAACAACAAUGUUGGUGCACCAAUCAUCCAACCAGUGCAACCACAACCAAAUAGAAACAACCAUGGCCAAAAUGGUGGGAAUGGAAGAAAUUGGGCACAAAAUAUGGGAGGCAAUGUAGGAAACCACAACGGUGGUAAUGUUAGAAAUCAAAACCAAAAUCCUAGAAAUGUUGGUCCUCAAUUCGGUAAUGGUGGUAAUGGUGGUAACAAGGAUGACCGGGACUUUGAUGAUGUAAGUGACAACGGACAUGGCUGGAAUCAGAACCACAACGGUGGUAACACGCGAAAUCAAGGCAAUUGGGGUGGAAAUGGGAACUACAACAAUAAUUGGAACAACCAGAAUUUCCCCAAUGGUGGCAACAAUGACUACAAUGAUGGAUUCGGAAAUCAAGGCUUUGGGAAUCAAUAUCGAAGGAAUCCAAAUGGUGGAUUCAAUAAUGCAAAUGGAGGAUACUACAUCGAAGAUCAUUGCAUGAGAAGUCAAGAGGAAAUCAGUCAAGUGCACGGCUAUAGUCAAUUCCAAAAUAAUCCACGAUCAUUCAAUCGGAACUACAACCAAGGUGGGAACCACAACAACAAUGGGAAUUUCAACAACAACAAUCAUCAAGGGAAUUACCAAAACCAGAAUCAGGCAAAACAGUUCCAACAGUCCAACUUUAACCAAGGUGGAACAUCAAAGCAGGAGGAAACAGAUAGCAACAAGUUGGACAAAAUCAUGGAGUUUAUAACUCAAACAUACCAAAAAGCUGACACCAACUCCAAAUCCAUAGCUGCUAUCGAGAAGCAGAUUGCUCAACUGGCGGAGCAAAUUGGGAAAAGAGAAGAUGGCAAGUUUCCAAGCACCACAACAGUCAACCCAUCUCACACCCAAAGACCCAGAAAAGAGCAUCAAGUGAACGAGGUAAUCACGUUGCGUAGUGGGAAAAAGGUUGACAACAAGGUAAGUGCUCCUACCUUAGAUAAUGACAGUGACACUGAGGUCAUCUUUGACGAAAAAGAAGAGUUGGAGAAAGAUUUUAAACCUGCAAAAAAAAACUAUCUAAGGGUAAAAAUGACUUUAAAGUUGGGGAGCAUGGUGUGGAGGUUAAUAUCGCACCACACCCUUCGGCUUUAG